AUGGAGGACCGGGAUGCCGAUACAGACAUCCACAACUUCUCCAAUUCGCCCUCCCAGCAUCGCCUGCCGACCGUCUCUGGCAUCGAAGCCCUCCAGAGCGCGUCGGCUAAGGCACGAGGCAUCCCUUCUGGACUUCCCGCCUUAGACUCGCUUCUUCCACCAGGCGAUCUCGCAAUCGCGACUCCAGGAAUCCAAAGAGGGCAUGUGACCGAGGUUUUUGGGCCGCCCGGAGUAGGGAAGACGACUUUCGCACUCCAAGUGGCCAUUAACACCCUCCUCUCGCCCAUAGACGAUUCCCAUGUGCUUUGGGUGAAUACAGGAUCGCCACUAAUAGAGGAAAGGAUGCAUGAGUUGCUACAGGCGAGCCUGGAAGGAGGUAACAACACCACCACCAAUGACGCCUCCCCCGACUCUUCCCUCCCGGUUCUUGGUGAUGCGAAAUCACUGCUCCAGGACAAGUUCAUGUAUCUCGAGGCCUCCUCGCUACCUAGAGUUCUGACGCUGUUCUUGCAUCCAACGCGGUCCUGCCCGUCGCCAAAGACCAGCUUAAUAGUCGUGGAUGACUUGUCCAACUUGGUGUUGGGCUCGUUUACGAGAAACCCGAAAACACUGAAAUCUUCCGCCCCUGCUGCCGUCAGGGAGAAGAUGGAGAAGAGGGCUGCUGGGAGACGGUUCCGAGUCAUCGAGAGUCUCGCUGCUGCAAUGUCCAAACUUGCCGCCCUCAAGAGGCUCUCCGUACUGGUGCUGACGAAUGCAACGAUGAGCUUCAAGGUCGGGCAUAAGGCCACCUUGAGACCCGCUUUGUCCAGUCAAGCAUGGGAUACGGCAGUCCAUACGCGGAUCAUGAUGUACCGCGAUUUUCCGGACGACGAACAGGAGGACGAGAUGGCUGACCUCGAAACCCGAGGCUUGCGCUAUGCUGAGAUCCAGAGAAUUGCACGCAAGGAUGUCUACAGAAGCCCCGUCCCCUUUCUGGUUUUGGGGCGUGGAAUCUGCCCAUUGACGAGCGGCGUCCAACAAUACUCUACAGUACCCGACGUGUUGGAAGGGCCACUGCCGCAGACCGAUCUCCCUCUCCUUCCCGUUGAGUUAUCCCAGCAAUCUGGGGCGAGGAAGCGCAAAGCGAUCGAGAUUGCCGACAGUGAAGAUGAGCCCGAUGAUGAAGAAGAUGACGACGAACACAGUUCAGCUCUGGGCGAACCCGAGCUUCCAAGGAUAGUUCUUCGAGGAGGAAACACAGUCCAAAAGCAAGAGGAGAUGAUCCUUGACGCAUACGAACUCUCUGUCCUGAGGAGUUACAGAUAUGCCAGCAUUAGGGGAUCUGAGGACGCCCUGGGUCCGUACUCUUCGUCAGUGGAGGAAGAGGGGUCUCAUGUUGAAAUCCAAGAUGGGGAGGCUGAUGGGUAA